AUGAAGCUGCUGAAGCCGAGCUGGGUGAGCCACAACGGCAAACCUAUUUUUUCGGUUGACAUUCACCCAGAUGGAACCAAAUUUGCAACUGGUGGCCAAGGUGAGGAUUCAGGGAAGGUGAUGAUCUGGAACAUGGCACCUGUCCUCCGUGAGGAAGAUGAGAAGAAUGAGAACGUUCCCAAAAUGCUUUGCCAGAUGGACAAUCAUCUAGCAUGCGUGAAUUGCGUGCGCUGGUCUAACAACGGGCUGUACCUGGCGUCCGGGGGGGAUGACAAGCUGGUGAUGGUGUGGAAACGAGCUGCGUUCAUUGGUCCGAGCACAGUGUUUGGCUCCAGCAGUAAACUGGCCAAUGUGGAGCAGUGGAGAUGUGUCACCAUCCUGAGGAAUCACACUGGAGAUGUAAUGGACGUGGCCUGGUCUCCUCAUGAUGUGUGGCUGGCGUCCUGCAGCGUGGACAACACCAUUGUCGUCUGGAACGCCCGCAAAUUUCCUGAGAUGGUUACGUGUCUUCGGGGCCACACAGGCCUGGUGAAGGGCCUAACGUGGGACCCGGUGGGCAAGUACAUCGCCUCCCAGGCCGAUGAUCACAGUCUGAAGGUUUGGAGGACAGUGGACUGGCAGAUGGAGGCCAACAUCACAAAGCCUUUUAGUGAGUGUGGUGGCACCACUCAUGUCCUGCGUCUGUCGUGGUCCCCGGACGGCCAGUAUCUGGUAUCGGCACAUGCUAUGAACAAUUCAGGACCCACGGCACAGAUCGUGGAGAGGGACGGCUGGAAGACCAACAUGGACUUUGUGGGACACAGAAAAGCCGUCACGGUGGUGAAAUUUAACCCAAAGAUCUUCAAGAAAAAGCAGAAAAAUGGCAGCUCUCCCAAGCCUAGUUGUCCAUAUUGCUGCUGCGCCGUGGGCAGUAAGGACCGUUCACUCUCCGUCUGGCUUACCUCCCUGAAGCGGCCCCUGGUGGUCAUCCAUGAUUUGUUUGACAAAUCCAUCAUGGACAUUUCAUGGACUCUCACAGGCUUAGGCAUGUUGGUGUGUUCCAUGGACGGUACCAUAGCUUACCUGGAUUUCUCACUCGACGAGCUAGGAGAUCCACUCAGCGAAGAUGAAAAGAACACUAUUCACCAGAACAUCUAUGGCAAGAGCCUGGCCAUCACCAGCACACAGGAGACACAGCUGGCUACCACCAUCAUUGAGAACCCGGAGAUGCUAAAAUACCAGCAGGAGAGGCAGAGCUCAGCCCAGAACAACUCUGGAGCAGCUGGUGCCGACUCCUUGGCACCAAAGCUCAACAGCGUGAUGAACGGGGAGUCUCUGGAGGACAUCAGGAAGAACCUGCUGAAGAAGCAGGUGGAGACUCGUACCGCUGACGGCAGGAGACGGAUUACGCCGUUGUGCAUAGCUCAGCUGGACACCGGGGACUUCUCUCCAGCACUCUUCAACAGCGUACCCAUCCUUCCGUCCUCCUUGUCCAACCAGCUGCCCCCCCAGCUCAGCACUGACUCCAGCUCAGGUCAGGUGGUGGCAACAGUGGCAGCCCCCUCGCUGGGGGGGCAGCGGCCCAACCUCGAUCCUGUGCUCGCUCUGCCACCGCCCACCAACACAGCUCCCAAGGGUUUGGAGGACCCCAAAGACCAGGUUCUACCCUCCGGCGUCAAGGCCAGUAUGCUGCUGGCAUCAGCUUCUAAGAUGGAGCCCAUGAAGGCCUUGGACUCCAGGUUCACAGAGAGAUCCAAGACCACACCAGGCGUCCCCGCCGCCAUCUCCUCUACCACCGGCCUGCUGCCACUUGACAGGCCCAAAGAUGUUGUGGCGUCAGUCUUGAAAGAUGUAAAAGCUAAAGAGGACACCAGUAGUGACAGCGAGGACAAGAUGGCGGUCAUCAACAAGAACCUGAGCCUGUGCAAGCGCAAACCUGAGCCCCUGAUGUUGGACGCCGCCGAAGUGGUGGAGAAGCGCAAGAAGGGGCGGCCGCGUAAGGACAAGAUGGCACCACCAAUACUGAGUCAGUCCUUCGCACAGUCCCUCCAAGUAUUAUCUCCCCCCGAACGGGAGCCGAUGAGAGCGGCUUCUGUGGUGGCGGCAGCACCGACUCCGACACCGGCGGCCGUCCUCAGGUUGCCAACGCCCAGCUUCCAGAAGACCUUCAGCAUGCAGGUGAGCACAGACCCAGCAGUCUUCCUGGAGGUGGAGAACGAAGUGACGUCGGCAGCCGGUUCCAGGCUCAGUCAGCUGCGAUGUUCGCGAGAUGGCCGAGAGUGGAAUACGCUGCUGCCCAGCUCCGUAGUUGCCGCCGCAGGCAGCGGCGACGUCGUAGCCGUGGCGUGCCAGGAUAGAAUGCUGUCAGUGUUCUCGUCCUGCGGCCGCCGCCUUCUGCCGUCCAUCCAGUUGAACUCACCCGUGUCGACCCUUGACUGCUCAGCGCGAUUUGUGAUGACACUAACAGCCGGGGCAACGCUGUCUGUGUGGGACGUACACAAGCAGAGGGCUCUGGUCAAGAACGAGUCCUUGGCUGCUAUUUUGUCUGGUUCAGAGGUGACCGUGUCUCAGUCUCUGCUGACUGAACAGGGCGUCCCAGUCGUCGGCCUUUCCAAUGGCAAGUCCUUCUGCUUCAGCUCUUCCCUGGAGACGUGGACACUAAUCGCAGAUCGAGGAGAUUGUCUGGUCCAGUGUGCCGACUUCAGGAGCUGCCUCUCUACCCAGGAUGCACCUGGAUCCUCAGGGCCUUUGGCCACCAUGCAGGGACGCAACCUCAACGGCGGCCGCCUUGCAUCCCGCUUAUCCGCCGCACCGCACCACCUGCAACAGAGCAUGACGAUGGCCUUCCUCGAGAACCAACUGGCGGCGGCCCUUACGCUUCAGUCGACGCCCGAGUAUCGCUACUGGCUGCUCAUCUACACGCGCUUCCUCGUCAACGAAGGCUCCGAGUUUCGGCUGCGAGAACUUUGUAAGGAGCUUCUGGGUCCAGCUCACAAGUCUACCACCACAGCCUGGGAGGCCACCACACUGGGUUUGCGCAAGCGGGAGUUGUUGCGGGAAGUCCUGCCGGUCAUCGGAGAAAAUCUGCGUUUUCAAAGACUGUUUACGGAAUACCAGGACCAGCUAGAGCAGCUGCGUGGCAAAUAA